AUGCGUUAUUCAGCCAUCUUUGCUGCCGCUUCUGCCCUCCUCCCCUUGGUCAGCGCCGACUGCUGUAGUGCCGGCAAGUGUCUGCAACAAAUGGGAUGGGAUGACGAAGGGUGGUGCGCCAAGUGGGCAUGUGACGAUGACACGCAGGGUACCCCCUGCUGCGGCUAUGGCAGCUGCAACAUCUUCUGUUGCAACUGCGACGGCGGAUGCCGCCGAGCUGGAGGCGCGCCAGCUGGACGCAGAAGCGACAUGUCCCCCAGAGACCCUGAAUCAAAUGGCUCCGACGAAGCCUUUGCUGCUGCCGAUACUGAUAAGUCUGGAAACAUCACCUUGCAAGAGUACACCAACUACAUGAACGUUGGCAGUGAUUCCGUGAGCCACAUCGCCUGGUUCCUGAAGCACGACAAGAACGACGACGGCGUCAUUACCCCGGAUGAAGUGUCGCGUGGUUAG